CGCAGCAAAAUGAAUAGUUUUUGAUUUAUAUGUUAAGUGCAUGCUACAUAGUUUUUGAUUUAUUCAGAAAAAAGGAAGAAUGUGAAAUAGCGUUCGACCAUAACGGACGAGCUCUAAAUGGUCCGUAUAUGCCUGCAAAAUAAUCUAGGCGAUUAGACUCUAAUGGGGAAAAAAAUCAUUGAUUUACAAGAUUUUACGCUAAGGCUUAUUUGUAUUAUCAGCAUAAAGAAAGAGGAAAUCCCAAGAGAUUCCAGUAGUUCUAGGGUGAAGGAGCUGUAAUAAACAAUAGGAUAUUAGUUAAUCUCCGCCGAUAACAGUGCUCUAACGCUCAAAACUGAAACUCUAAUUAAGAAUUUUAGAUUUGCAUAUGUCAAGGAUUGUAUGGAAAGUCCUGAUACGGUUCAGCAGUAUAGUCAAACGGUAAAUAUCUGGAGAGAAAUCAGUAAGACAGACUGCACUUAGUCGAAAUCUUUCUAAUCAGGCUCGGAGUGCAUUACUGGCUCAAUUUUUAACGCGCGUGUUAUUGGGGAAAUAUGAAGUCUGACAAAAGCAAGCAAGAAGCCGUUGAAAAAGCUAACUUGUUCAAAUGUUUGGUAGAGAGAGAUUUGUUUGCCUACAAAGGAUUUUCUUUUUUUUUCUAUGGUGCCUUUGGAUCAUUCUAUCCUUACCUACCUCUUUAUUUCAAGCAAUAUGGUUUGACGAGCUUCCAGGCCGGUAGUAUAGUUGGUAUUCGACCACUCAUCCAGUUAUUUGGAGCACCAUUUUGGACUGCAAUUGGAGAGCGCUUCAAGGCAGAGAGGAUUGUCCUGAUGUGUGGUGUAUUAGCAUGGCUGAUCAAAGCCUUGAUCCUUCUCUUCGUCACUCCUCACAAACAGCUGUGUGUCGAGAAUUAUACUAAUUCUACUAAUAACAUGACAAGUGUGUAUACAAGUGAUUUAUGGAGGCCACGUGAAAGCCAAAAUCAUGAAUGGACACUCGUGACGAGUCUUGGAAAACCGAAUCUUGUCCCGAAGAACAAACUCGUCCAAGUGGAAAACCCUGUGAAACCGGCCAAGAGAUCACAGAUGUCUAGACAGCAGAAAAGAAAGGAAUUCGUUGAWAAAACUAUGAACAWUCGACACCGGGAUGAGAUUUUUCGUUCCAAAUAUCCCUCGAGUAGACUUGGAUCAGACCGCAUCCUUUUUGAGACAAUGAAUUAUAAGAGAACAAUAUCUAACGUUAUUACGGUUAAGCAUUAUGUUCACAGCCUCAAUCAGACCGUAUCUUUCAUAACACAAGUAGAYGAUGAAGAAAUAACCUAUAUGUUUUGGAUCUUUCUCAUGAUUAUCGUUAUAGCAGAAUUCUUAGAAUCCCCUACGUACGCGCUUUCUGACGCAUCUCUACUCAAUAGGCUUGCAGACGAUCGAAGCUACUAUGGACGGAUCAGAUUAUGGGGAGCGAUAGGAUGGGCCAUCUCUACUGCUAUAGUAGGAUAUCUUAUCUUCAAGACUAGUUUUAUUCUCUGUGGACUUUUAAAACCCAAUUAUGACGUUAUAUUUUACGUGUAUUUUGGUUUUGUGUCUUGCGCUUUUAUCUGUUCGUAUUGGUUUUCUUUUAAAGAAAACGAAGAGCAUCACAAAUCAUCAUUCAGAAAAGCGCUGAACGAAUUGUGUUGUGCCAAUCAUUGCAUCUUCAUGAUAGCGAUCAUAUUCACUGGAUGCUGCUAUGGAUUAUUGUUCCAUUUCGUUAACUGGUAUAUCGACGAUAAAGGAGGGUCUKCKAUAGUGAUGGGAGCAGCUGGUGCAGCCCGUGAGCUGGGGGAGAUGAUUUUCUUCUUCUGUGGCGGAGUCUGCGUGAGCUUCCUUGGCAAUCUAAACACGAUGGCCAUUUGUCUGGUGUCAUAUGCCGCAUGUUUCUACUGGUAUUCUGUGAUCGAGUCACCAUGGCUGGCUGUACUUCUGGAAGCUCUUGAYGGUUCGAUCUAUGGUCUGGUUUGGUCUAACAGUAUCGACUACAUGAGUACUAUUGGUGCUCCGAUAGGUGCCGUUGUAACUAUGCAAGGAAUUCUCCAAGCAAUUUUCUAUGGACUUGGUAAUGGAGGAGGAACAAUCCUUAGCGGGCACCUGUACCAUACUGUAGGAUCACAGAAAACGUUCCAGUUCUUUGCCUUCGCCUCGCUUGUACUUCUCCUUAUCCUAUUAAUUUUUUACCCAAUAGCUGACGGUUGUGUUGCUAGAAAAAAACGUAAAGACUCCCAAUACGAACCGGUUGCUAUGGAUUAGGCUUAUGACGAGGAAGAGCUUAUGAUAUCCAGUAAAAACGAACAGUAAGGAAAACUUUGAUAAAAAUGCAUUAAUCAUUGACUUUUAUUAAUUUCACAAAAUUGUCCUGCACAACAUAUUAUAUAUCCUGAAAUAAUAUGGUUAAGGGAACCAUUGCCCCUCAAGCUAAAGAAAGAUAGGUCCCGCGAUUAGAAAUGCAUAUGGAGAAGGAUGAUUGAAUAGACCUAUCCCGAAUCAGUCGCUUGACUGGUCACGAAACAAUGGUUUCAAGUCGAGGUUGAACUUGAUGAAUAAAAGAAUCAAGUUCAAUCUCGACUUCAAGCCAUUGUUUCGUGGUCAGUCAAGCGAAUUCGGGAUAGGUCUACUGGAGCAAGAGGUAUCUUGUUGCCAGGGAGGAUCUAGAGUGCUUGAGUCGCACAGAUAGCGAGCUGUUGACCUAAGAAGAAAGACUGUAAAUGCCUUGUUGUUUAGUAGUUUGUAAUUUAAUGUAAUAUGAUAAGCUAAAUAUAUCGUCCAGAAGGAGAAGAGUAUUACUCCUAGGUUAUUCAUGUAAUACAUGUUACAGAAACUGGAAAUAACACUACAAUGUGAUGGGUCCCAGUACAGUAUUCAGGCCGAAUUUCGAUAAAUCUCUUUAGCUUCGGCGUCGGUAUUGUUUUGCCCAGUCAGACUACGUGCCAUUCCCUAGAGUAUCAUUUCAUGAGACAGACACAUGACUAUGGAUACGACUCAAACACAGAAUCUUAUUUUCAAUAGAAUGACACAUGGUCAGUUCAUAAAAUAUGGGAAAACAUCAUAUGAAAUGGAAGGCGGGGUUCCUGGUCCAUUAAGAUGUUGUGUUCUCCUUCAGAACACGUCACAUAUAAUAAUUUUAAUUUUCCGUAUCCUUUAUUCAUCGAAUAUUUGCUAUUCGACACUAAUGACUCGAUAAAAACUAUACGGAACCCUUGCAGCAAAUCUCUUACCUCAGUUGGGAAUGAAUCGAUGGAAAAAAGUCAGGAAAACCUUUAUUUUUCUAUACUAGAAAGCAAAGUUUUUUUGUUUGAUCACACAGAAGGGAUUUAGUUCAGGAGUUCUUCUACAGGUACAGACGCUGCCUGGAACCCAUGAGGCCAUUUCUCUCUGAUUCCAGCCGUUUUCUACUUGUAUACUUCUAUGUUAUUGUUUAUAAAUAUAGAUUAUAAGGUUAUAAUAAAGCAUUAAAAAAUUA